GCCGGAAAAUCUGGCGGAAUUUUGCUGUUGGCUGGCGGGGGCACAGUUGGCUUUCAGCAUUCAACGUGUUUUGCGCUCCGACGGGACUCGGAUCCGAAUUCCAAUUCAAAAAAACGAAUUCGCGCCGCUCUUAGGCGUUGUGUUUAAAAAUAUCAUACCUGCGUGAAGGAGCGAGCGAGAUACACAGAGAAAAAGAUCGAGAAGGCAAGCGAGAGAGAGAGGGACAUACACGUAUUUUUUUGUUUAGUGAUACGCAGAGAAAGGGAAAGUGACAGUGAAAGUGCCGUGAUAUCUCCCAUGGAACUCUCCUCUGAAGAAGUACUCCUGCCGCUAAUCCCAUUGCCAUUAACCACGCAGAUCGACAUUUUUUUUAAGUGUGGCCGGGCAGUGUAUCGACGAUUUAUAAAUAAAUAUAUUAAGUAUAUUCCGCCCAAGAGAGAGCACAGUACAAAUGAAAAGCUUCCCCCCAAAAGAAUUCCCAGUGAAAUGUGAAAACAAAUUGUUAAAUUAGCCCCAAAAAUCCGCAGCCAGAAUCGAAUCGCACCAUUGAUCAUUCCCGGCCGAGUGACAUAUCUCCCGAAUAUAAUUAACCCCAUCGAGGCAGAGCCCCACAGAGCCCCACACAGCCCUUGGCAUUGAGUGUCGACAUCUCGUGACCCCCACCCACGACCCCCCACGACCCAACCCCCGCCGUUCAUAUACAUAUGCAAAUGAGUCGAGGAUUUUCGGGAGUUCGACGCGAUUCCCUGGCGCUCGCACGCCCCGCAAAUUAAAUUCCCAAGCUAAACGUGUCGGCGACGCGUGGCCCGGAACCGGGGCCAAGUGGAAGGCUAAGAGCUCUUUACGCCGCGUGACCCCCUGGCCGGCAAGGACAGGUGGAACAACAGGUCACAGAAGGAUUGAUGUUUGGGCGAAAGUUCACGGCCAGCUGCAUAGAUGUUACCCAAGUCGCAGGUCGCUGCCAGGACGCCACUCUAGUACCGAGGAACCGAGGAAGACUGCCAGCCGGCGGAGAGUAGACGCCGGCAAGGACCAGCCACGUAAUGAGCGGUGCCGCCGCUCGGCUGCUGCUGCGCCUGGAGCUGCCCGCGCCGGGUGUGAUGCCCCCGCCGCCGACCGACUACGACUGGGGGCCCAUCGGCGAGGAUGAGUUUCUGGCCAGUGCCACGGCCACGGCAACGGCCAGGAGCCACGAGGAUGCGGUGCGCUAUGAGAUGGCCGACAUACUGGGCAGCACGGUGCCCACCACGCUGUACGAGCAGGUGGUGCAGCAGUGGCUGCCGGCCCUGAACGGCAGCUACACGACGCACGGGCCCAACCACACGGACCUGCAGACGGACCUCCUCUAUCCGCACUACGACGACGCGGACUUCGACCUGGAGCCGAACUGGACGCGCACCUGCGAGGAGGUGUACAAUCCGCUGCUGGAGAACAACCGCAUCGAGUUCUGGGUGUGCGGCGUCCUGAUCAACAUCGUGGGCCUGCUGGGCAUCCUGGGCAAUGUCAUCUCGAUGAUCAUCCUGUCCCGUCCGCAGAUGCGCUCCAGCAUCAAUUACCUGCUGACGGGCCUGGCCCGCUGCGACACCGUGCUGAUCCUCACCUCCAUCCUGCUGUUCGGCAUUCCCUCGAUCUACCCGUAUACGGGGCACUUUUUCGGCUACUACAACAACGUGUAUCCGUUCAUCUCGCCGGUGGUCUUCCCCAUUGCCAUGAUCGCCCAGACGUCGAGCAUCUACAUGACCUUCACGGUGACCCUGGAGCGGUACGUGGCCGUCUGCCAUCCGCUGCGGGCCCGCGCCCUGUGCACCUACGGCCGGGCCAAGAUCUACUUCAUUGUGUGCGUGUGCUUCGCCCUCGCGUACAACAUGCCGCGCUUCUGGGAGGUGCUGACGGUCACCUAUCCGCUGCCCGAGUCGGAUGUGGUGCUGCACUGCGUGCGGCCGUCGCGGCUGCGCCGGAACCAGGCCUACAUCAACAUAUACAUACACUGGUGCUACCUGAUCAUCAACUACAUCAUACCCUUCCUCACCCUGGCCAUACUCAACUGCUUGAUCUACAGGCAGGUGAAGCGGGCGAACCGGGAGCGCCAGCGCCUGUCGCGCUCCGAGAAGCGGGAGAUCGGCCUGGCCACCAUGCUCCUCUGCGUGGUGGUGGUGUUCUUCAUGCUGAACUUCCUGCCGCUGGUCCUCAACAUCUCGGAGGCCUUCUACAACCUGAUCGACCACAAGCUGACGAAGCUCUCCAACCUGCUGAUCACGAUCAACAGCAGCGUCAACUUUCUCAUUUACAUCAUCUUCGGGGAGAAGUUCAAGCGCAUUUUUUUACUCAUUUUUUUCAAGCGGCGCCUGAGUCGUGACCAGCCGGAUCUUAUACACUACGAGAGCUCCAUAUCGAACAACGGCGACGGCACCAUCAAUCACCGGUCGUCCGGCCGCUUCUCGCGGCACGGCACACAGCGGAGCACCACCACCACCUACCUGGUGGCUACGGGCACCGGCGGCGGGGGCGGGGGCAGCACCUCCCAGCUGAACAAUGUCCGACUCACGCAGGUGUCCGGCUCGCCCGGCCUGGUCAAGAUCAAGCGGAAUCGGGCCCCCUCACCGGGUCCGGUGGUCUACUUUCCGGCCCGCGAGAUGCAGCGCUCCGUGUCGACGAACACCAAUUCGGCGACCAACAAUAACACGGCCAUUGGCUAUGACUGGACGUUGCAGGACAGCAAGAAGCUGGGGCAUGUCUCCUCGGGCUUCUGAGGGAUCAGGGAUCAGUCCACUGGUCAUGUACAUACACCUAAAUAUAUCCAAAGAGAUCAGGCUUUAUCCAAACGAAUAUAAUAUAAUAUACUCUAAUAUAUGUAUCUGUAUCU